UGGAUAUGUGUUGAAAAAAUCAACUUACGUUGGAUAUGAGAACUACAUGACUUGUUGUGGGUUGUUUUGUUGGAGCAAGUGUCAAAAGUCAAGACCUGUUCAGAAGACUUACACCAAAACAGUUAAAAAGACAUUGUCUAAAACAACAUACAGUUGUUGUACUGGUUGGGCACCUCACAAUGGCGAAUGUCCCAUCGCUAUUUGUCAACCAUCUUGUAUCUACGGGAAGUGCACCAGCCCUAAUACAUGCAAAUGUUUUUCUGGGUUUUAUGGACAACGCUGUGAAAAUGACAUUAAUGAGUGCAGUGCAAAGCCUCCUGUAUGUGAACAGCUGUGCCAAAAUUUACCUGGUUCCUACGCUUGUUCAUGCAAAAGAGGAUUUAACAAAGUUGGCUCUCAUCCUAAAAAUGGAACUUGUCGGAAUAUCAAUGAAUGUGCGUUAUCCAAAUCUUUAUGCAAGUGUGUCAGUAGCUCUUCUCGUUGUAAGGCCACGUGCAUGGAUACGAUUGGUGGAUACAAAUGCGCAUGCGCAAAAGGUUUUAAGUUAUCCGGGAACUUAUGUGUAGAUACGAACGAAUGUAGCGCUGGAUCACAUUCUUGUGACCAACUGUGUUUCAACAACAAAGGCAUUUACACAUGUGGAUGCAGACCUGGUUUUAAAUUGGACAAGCGAGACAAUAAAACAUGUUUGGACAUCAACGAGUGUAGUUACAGUAAUGGCGGUUGUGAACAGUCAUGUGUAAAUUUACCUGGAACUUAUCAAUGCAGAUGUAGAGAUGGAUUUCAAAUGUUGUAUGACAACAGGACAUGUCAAGACAUAAACGAAUGUGUAUCCAGAAGGCCUUGCGACCCUACACGUGGCAUAUGUCGAAAUACAUACGGGAGUUACGAGUGUUCAUGCACGAAUGGUUUCACUUUAGAUCAGUCCGGUGUGAUUUGUGUUGGUAAGUAUGUGUGUGUUGUCAUUAAAAUAAAAUUAAAGCCGGAGGUUUACAGACGAUGUUUUUACUUUGACAGAGAUUUUUUAACGCUAUUAGAAAAAAAUUAAGAGUACCAGACAAUUUUCUUUUUUUUUGGGGGGGAACACGGGGGGGAGAGAGAGAGUUGUGCUUUUUCAUUGGACGGAUUCGACGAAAAAAAGAUUCCAUUAGACUCUGGUUCGGAUAUCAGUGAAUUUAUACUGAAGAAUAUAAAUUUUUUCAACAACCAACCCAGUUACGAGAAACAGAAAAAAAUAAAUAAAAAAUAUAAAUCACUUUAUCAUAUUUCAGAUAUUGACGAAUGCGCCAGCGGUAACCAUGGUUGCAGUCAUCAAUGUAGUAAUUAUAUUGGCUCCUACAAAUGCAAGUGUUUAAAAGGCUUCAAGCUUUCAGCCAAUCAUAGAUCUUGUAAAGGUUAUUGAAAUUACUUUACUAUUUAAACAGUUUGAUUUAGUCUUCAUCUGUUUUGUUUGUCCUAAGAGGUGCCUCUAUCACUAUUUUAAAUGGAAUAUGUUGUAAAAGGUCUCGGAACAAAGUUGUAUCCGUUUAUUUCUGUUUUUAGAUGUGGAUGAAUGUAAACUGGGGGAAAAUCGAUGUCAACAAAUUUGUGUGAAUGAAAUAGGUUCUUACACGUGUAAAUGUAGAAAGGGUUUCCAACUCGAUACAAACGCUCAUAGAUGUUUGGGUAAGUGAGGUAAUAAAUUGAACAUGGCAAUCGUUUUUGUUGUCAUGCAUUGAUAAGGAAAAAUGUAUUUGCAGGUCUGCUUUUUACACGCCACUCUUUGUACGUCCUUCUUUCACACAAUAAAAUUUCCUGCAACCUAUUGAAACAUAGUUUACUUUGAUGAAGUUAAAAGAAAAGAUAUUCUUAACAUUUCUCAGACUUUAGGAAAACAUAACUCGAUAUGCCACUCAUCGCCCG